GGUUUGUUUCAAAGCGAGUAUAAACAUUAGAAAGACAAAACAAACAUUUUUUAAUUUAGAAGGUUUACUGAAAAAUAUAUCGAAACAUUUUCCAAACAGUUGCUAGGUAGAUAUCAGCAGAAACGUCUUAAAGUCAAUCAUCAAUCAUGGAAAUUAUCGGUGACAUAAAGAAUUAUGAUUGGGGAAAAUUGGGAAGUGAGUCAGAAGUCGUGAAACUUAUGCAAUCAGGAGAUGAAACUUUUAUCGUGGAUGAAGCGAAACCAUAUUCUGAAUUAUGGAUGGGAGAUCAUGUGUCAGGUCAAUCUAAGAUUAAAGGUACUGGUGAGAUGCUUGGUGAAUUUAUUCAGAGGGAUUGUGAUAAUAUUAUUGGGGGACAAUCGAAGCUUCCUUUCUUGUUCAAAGUUUUGAGCAUAAGAAAGGCUUUAAGCAUUCAGGUUCAUCCUAAUAAAACUGAAGCUGAAUUAUUGCAUGCUAAAUAUCCGGAUAUCUAUAAAGAUGCAAACCACAAACCUGAGAUUGCAAUCGCGCUCACACCUUUUUUAGCGCUCUGUGGAUUUCGUCCUCAUUCUGAGAUUUAUAAUUUACUCAAAUUUCAUACUGAACUUUGUGAACUUCUUGAUGUUGAUAAUAUUGAACUCAUCAAUACCAAUGGAACCGAAGGAUUGAAAACAUGUUACACGAAACUUAUGAAGUCAAACGAUGAGAACAUAAGGAAAUGUAUUAAUGGAUUGAUGAUUAAGUUUGAAAAUGAUGACUCAAAGCUCGCUGUUGUCUUUCGACAAAUUCAAAAAGAUUUUCCUUAUGACGUCGGUUCUCUUUCGUUAUUUUUCUUAAAUUUAAUUGAACUUCAUCCUGGUGAGUCCAUUUUCUUAGCAGCCAAGGUUCCUCAUGCAUAUCUUUCUGGUGAUUGCAUUGAAUGUAUGAGUUGCUCUGAUAAUGUUGUACGUGCUGGAUUAACUCCGAAGUUCAAAGAUGUUGAGAACCUUUUAGGAAUGCUUAUCUACGAUGGUUCACCAGCAAAAGAAAAACUUUUCCAGCCAGAGAUUCUUGACAGGAAUCACAAAUUUACUUGGAUCUUUAAACCUCCUGUGAAAGAUUUUGCUGUUGCAAAAAUUCAUGUACCUUCUAUCAUCAACAGUUAUGAGAUCAUAAACAGUAAAUUUGGAUCAAUUAUUCUCGUUGUGUCAGGUGAAGCUGAAAUGUGUGGAACUGAAAUGGAAAGUUUUAUGCUCAAAAGAGGAAAAAUAAUAUUUCUGCCUUCAAAAGUUGGGCCUGUAAUUAAAUUAUCAAACAUCAAUCAUGAUUUUAUAUGCUAUCAAGCAAUGUACAACGAUUUUUAAUAUUUAAAACUUCAUUUCACAAAAAGCUUUAUUACUUGUUUCAUAUUUCUUCUAGGAGCCACUCUUCAGUAUAUUUUGAACAUUUCCAACAACAAACAAUAAAUGAUUAACAAGUUCUUGAAGUUCCAAUUUUUGAUUUGUUCGCAAUGUGCAUGCAAACAUUUUC